ACCAAUAUUCGUAAAUGAUUCUGCGUAAACACAAACACAAUACAAAUUAGAUCAAAUGGUUUACCGCUUAUGUCAGUCAAUACCGAUUUGAAAAAAGAAAUUUUACAAGGUGUUUUCGUGAACAACUUUCGAAAUGAGUACUAUAAAUGAUCUGCAAUUAGACAUUGCCGAAAUUCAAUCAUUAUUAAAAACAGCAUCCAGGCAGAAAGUUAAAGAAAUUUUGAGCAUUGAAGAAUCGAAAUUGAAAUCACAAUUGAGUGAAUUAGUAAAAAAUCAACCACAAAAUGCUCAAAGUACAACUUCAUCUACAACAGGAGCUACAGCAAAAUAUUAUCAAGUGACACUUAGAAAUUAUGCCUGGGAUCAAACAAAUAAAUUUGUAAAAUUAUAUGUAACAUUACAAAAUGUGCAUACAUUAGCACCCGAAAAUAUUUACUGCAAUUUCCAUAAUGAUCGAUCAGUUGAAUUACAUGUGGUUGGAUUAGAAAAUAAGGAAUAUAUUUUAACAAUAAAUAAAUUAUUAGAGCCAAUCAAUAUCGGUGAAAGCUCAUGGAAAGUGAAAAAUGAUAUGGUAAUUGUAUCAUUAGCAAAGAAGAAAUUACAAAAUUGGUCACAUAUUACUGAAUUUGAGAAGAAAGCUAGUGAUGCUAAAGCACCUAAAUUUGAUGAUAUGAAAGAUCAAGAUCCAUCACAAGCAUUGAUGAAUAUGAUGAAAAAUUUGUACAAUAGCGGUGAUGACGAGAUGAAACGAACAAUUGAAAAGAGUUGGUUGGAAAGUCAAAAUAAACGAGAUGCUAUAAAUUAAAAUUUUCCAUACAUAGUUAUAGUAAUGCAUAUUGUAUAAUAAGAAACGUUAUAUCUUAAUAAAACCAUUUUUUUAGUUACGAAA